GAUAUUUCAGACGUGCAUUUGCAUGUACACUUCCAUGCCAAUGAUUCGGGGACGGACUCGAAGUGGAGAAGGUAGUAUCUGGCCCACGGGUUAUAGCAAAGUGGGAUGGAGUGCAGUAGUCCAGUAGUCAGGUACUUAUACUACCUAGGUAUGUAUAUUGGUUUAAGGUAUGAACGGGGGAAAAAAAACGAUCAACAUUGAUAUCGUAGGCUAUCUAUGUAUAUGCCUGCAAAUGAUCAGGAGAUUCGUAUGUCGAGAGAAAGCUCAUUUGUCCCAAUUCAGCCCACUUCAAUUUGCUAUUCGUUUAUUCUCUACCCUCCUCAAAGGGCCUAUUACAGCCCUACCGCAGCAUCUCUCGUGCUCCACUCAGUGCCCAAGACCCCACGGAAUAGCCACUCACAAGAGAACUGCAUUUGCUCGUCUCUGGACAUCGCCCAGGAAAGCCAACAUGUCAGAUAGCGAGCCAGACCCGGAGCUUCUCGAUCUUCUGAGACAGCAUCUGCAAGGGAAACUGAAUCUAGACGAUGAGCCUGAGACGGGCGUCUUAGAAGGGGCUGAAUAUGUCUACGACAACUCCAUCGAUGUCGCCUUAGACAUGAGGGCCACCAAGAAUGCGGCUGCUUUCAUAUACGAGCAGAUGCAGCAGAAACAGUACUCGACCGAGAAUUGGGCAGAGCACGAGCUCCACCCAAAGACCAAAGAUGAGAAAACAGUGGCCUUCAUUUUCACCAUGGACCUCCUCAAUUUCUCUUUCUGGUCACUUCGUUCAGAAGACGAACGCUUUGCUGUCGCUUACCGAGACAAGACUUGGACGGGAUACUGGAGCUUAGUUGCCUCUCUCCAGCGGGCAUUGGAAGAAGAUAUACCUAUUACGGACCCUCACUUCUGGCAGAACGAAGAAGACUGCAACCUGGAGUCUUUGCGGCAUGUUUUCCGCUCGUGCACAGAUGAGGAAAUCCCACUGCUUGAAGCCCGCCUUGCCUGUCUGCGAGAGGCUGGUCAAGUGCUCUAUGAAAAGUACGACUGCAGCUUCAUCAACUGCAUAGAAGCCGCCAACGGAUCGGCAGCUGCUCUGGUCAACUUGCUCGCACGUGAUUUCUCCUGUUUCCGAGAUGAAUUCCAGUUCGAGGGCCGACGUAAGCCCAUCCGUUUCCUCAAGCGCGCUCAAAUCCUGGUGGCAGAUAUUUGGGGUUGUUUCAAUGGAGAAUGCUACGGUGCUUUCCGCGACAUCGAUAAAAUCACCAUGUUUGCCGAUUAUCGCGUCCCACAGAUCCUGGCUACGCUCGGCUGCAUUGGAUAUAGCCCACCAUUGCAAGCUUUGAUAACAAGGAAGGAAACCAUCGAAAGUGGCAGCAAGUACGAAAUGCAGCUUAGAGCCUGCAGCAUCUGGUGUGUCGAACUCAUUCGCCGUGAAAUAAAACGUAACCACCCAGAAGCCAAGGUCAAUGCUAUUUUGAUAGAUUUUUUCUUGUACGAUACUAUGAAAAUGAUGGAGGCCCAAGGGAAGGAGACUAUGCCACACCACCGCACACGAAGCAUUUGGUAUUGAGGGGUAAGCAAUAACAUGGGCGGGUCAUCAUGUUAGCCGACAAAGGCAAAGAUAGAGGCAAAAGAGCCUGGAUAGCUCUUUCGUAUUCGGAUACCCUUGGAAAAGAAAUCGGAAUGAGAGAGAAUUCAAGUCAAUAGGUAGU